UAUAUUUGUCUCUCUCUCUCUCUCUCCAUCGAUCUCUCCUCCUCUCUCUCCAAAGCUCACUGCCCCCGCGCCACGCGCGUCGCGUCGCGCGCCGGCGAGCCAGCCAUGAGGAGCCCUAGGAGGCGGCGCGGCGUCCACCCGGCGGCGGCGACGGCGCCGCCGUGUUCCGCCAUGGCGAGCGGCGCGGCGAGCCCUCGCUCGCCGCCAGCGGCGAAGAAGCGGGCGGUGGUGGUGGCUGGCGACGGCGACGACUCCGACGUGUUCGACCGGCUCCCCGACGACAUCGUCCUCGUCGUGCUCUCCAGGCUCGCCGCCAACGCCGCGUCCCCCGCCGACGUCGCCUCGGCGGCACUCACGUGCAGGAGGUUCCGGGAGCUCGCGACGCACCCGGCGGUGCUGUCGCGCGCGUCGGCGGCGGCCGUCGCGGUGCGGUGGGGCGCGUGGUCGGAGGCGGCUCACCGGUUCUUGCGGCGGUGCGCGGCCGCCGGCAGCCUCCACGCCUGCUACUUCCUCGGCAUGGUGAGGUUCUACUGCCUGGGGAGCAGGGCGACGGGGGCGGCGCUGCUGGGGCGCGCGGCGGGCGGCGGGCACGCGCCGGCGCUGUACGCGCUGGCGGUGGUGCAGUUCAACGGCAGCGGCGGGGGCAAGGCGGACAAGGACGCGCGCGCGGGCGUCGCGCUGUGCGCGCGCGCCGCGUGGCUAGGCCACACCCCGGCGCUCCGCGAGCUCGGCCACUGCCUCCAGGACGGCUACGGCGCCCGCCGCGACGCCCCCGCCGGCCGCCGCCUCCUCCUCCACGCCGCCGCCCGCGAGCACCUCUCCUGGAAGAAGCACAACCACGGACACCACGACGGCAGCGCCGCCGAGGACGCGGUGAGCCGGUUCAUGGUCGCGUGGUGGGACUCGCACCGCGCCAAGGCGGCGGCGCGGGGGUGCCUCCCUGGCGAACACGGCGACGGCGAGCACGACGGCGGCGAGGACCUGCGGCUGUGCUCGCACGCGCGGUGCGGGCGGCGGGAGACGCGGCGGCACGAGUUCCGGCGGUGCUCGGUGUGCGGCGCCGCCAGCUACUGCUCGCGCGCGUGCCAGGCGCUCGACUGGAAGCGCGCCCACCGCGCCCAGUGCGCCGCCGCGCGCUGGCUCGCCGCGGCCGCCGCCGCCGCCGACGGCGUCGCGCACUGAGCGCGACACGUCGCGCAUCCAUGUACAUACACACACACCCCUGUACACACUAGCUCAACUCACCAGUGUAAAUACGAGGUUUAAUACUUCAAUUAGAUUAGUGAGGGAUAAUAAUGACUAGUUAACUUAGGCACUUAUGUAUUCUUGCUUAAUAAUUUAAUUAGUCGCUUUGGCUAGUGGUUAGGGAGGAUAGUGAUUAGUGAGCUGUUUAAGAUGUUAAUGAUGAUGGUUUAAUUUGUUUGUGUUUGUGUAGUGUGAGCUAGCUGUUUUGGAUGUUAGGCAAUGCAUGCCAUCGGCGUGUGUAGGGGUUCUUCUGGUGUAAAGGAGAAGAAAAAGGUUUGUGUGUUGCAUUUGCAAAUGGUUUUCUUGUGGUGUGCAUAAGCUUUUGUUUGUGUCAAGGACCAACCUAUGUUUGUGUCUCUUUCGAGUAGACUUGGAUUA